CUCUUGUGCGGAGUCCAGACGCAUUUCCUCUCGGAGAAGCAGCUGGAGCGCGAACAAGCAAGGUUUUCUUAUUCAUCUACUGCUGGUGAAUCACUGAGAGUCGCAACAUAAUAUUAACAAGUGAGCCUGGAGUUGCCCGACAAUGAGCGAAUUCGCCGAAGAUCUCAAAUCCAAUCCUCCAUGUCACUCGAGGGCAUGUGCAAUACAAGACUGUCUUCGGAGAAACAGCUACAAGGAAGAAAAAUGCCGGGUGCAAAUCAAUGCGCUGUACGAGUGCUGCAACAAGUUUUAUGAGCAGAAUGGCAACGAUGCCAGUUGCAUCAGCUGCCCAAGACCAGGCACGUUGCGAACCAAGAUGAAGCAGCGAGUACAAGACGACGAGUAGGUCAACUUCGGAUACAUAAUCAUAGAGAAGACGUGAACCAGAGGAGACUUGUCGCGCCUCUUCCAACCCCAUUCAUCAUGGAUGUCCGGCGGAGAUGGCAGGCUGAGGCGUUACACUUAGUUCUUCUAAGGCAAAUCGGAGCACGCUGAGAGGCCGUGUAGACCUGUACAAACACGGAGCGAGGUUUGAACCGAGACUCUAAUGAUUGCCUAUGUAAAAGACAUGGAAGAAGAAAAAGAAAAAACAUGGGCUCGUACAGUGCGAUGAGUUUUUAGAGCAGAGUUUGACUAACGCCAAGGAUCUAGUCCACAUAUGGUUAGAUUCAUUGACUAGAUGGUUGCAAGGCAAAGCCCGAACCUGGCGCGUUAUUUUUGUGACAACGAGCUUCGCGUAGAGACAGCACAUCCAGCCCAUUCAAAGGCUCGCAUCGAUUCUCCUCUUCGACGGCCUAAUAUUGAUGUAGUGACUCCAUUUUCGUCUCACCUUAACUAUAACUACUCAACGACUCCAUCUAACUCGGCCCUUUUUUAUUAUUGCCGUGCCACUUUUUGGCACCCUGCUACUUCGAUCAUAUGUCCAUCUAUUUCAAUCUGCCUAAUCUCGUCUUUCCUUGGCCAUGGAAUUCUCAGAGCAACAGCUAAAUGACAUCCAGGAGCGCAUCGGGUAUCAAUUGGAAACGCUAGCGCAACAUGUCGAUCAGUGGCUGAUUGCGAAGAGUCAGCUUGACAAAAAUGACAGUAAUGGAAAGUUUCAAGCCGCCAGUCGUCUUCUAGAGCAGAUUGAACAAGUGGCAAAAGAUAAAAAGAGGGAUCUGGCAUUGAGGGGAAGGCGCAAGUCAAGACUGUCAACUUCGACAGUCCGCCGCUUAGACGACUUCAGCAGCGCAACAGCAUCGAAGCCAACAGCGCUGCGCAAUGACGACUUUGAUGACGAGCUAAAGGAGUUGUGCAAAUGGCAGGAUGAGAUCAACAGCUGGGACCUGCUGCGCAUCUUGAGCGCGUUGCAGUAUAGCAAGGCGAAUCCCGAACACAAGCGUGAGCACGCGCAACGUUACAGCAAGCUGCACAAGUACAGCGCCGAUACUCAUCUGUGGACAAAAUUUUUGAUCAUGGAAGACAGCGCUCGAGAAAAGAAGCUUGUUCUUGAGUGGCUGGAACGGUGUGCAAGAGACGACCAUGACGACAUCGAUACAGUGCUCAAUCGGUUUGACGAAGCCAUGGGCAAUGGCGAAACUAGCUGGUCACAUGGCUGGAUGAGCACCAGAGAAGAGAUCAAGAGGUUUAAGCGCUUAUCUUCACAGAAAGGUGCAACUCCAGCCAAGGCAGUCUCAUUCCGCUCUAAAGACAGCUCUGACGUUCUUGUCACCCAGCUCGAUCCAGACGCACCGACAAGGCAAGGACGGAAGCUGCAGAAGGAUGAUGAAAAUCGCGACCGUGUCUUUUGGUUUGUUUGUUAUGGCAUGUUUAGACGAGGUAUGUCAUGGGAAAGCAUAUUGAACUGGUGCGAGGAGCGGAACGAAGGCUGGCGGGCCGCCAGUCUCGGUGCUGCACAGGACUUGCCACGGAACGAGAGCCGGCUUUGUCUCGCCGGCCCUUAUGCCGGAGCUUUGUGGCGCCGCAUGUGCUACAAGGCUUCGCAGGAAGCCCGCGCUGAUCAGUACGAACGAGCUACGUACGGUCUACUCGCUGGCGACGUCAUGUCGGUUGAGCCUGUCUGCCAAUCGUGGACAGACUGGCUGUACGUGAAUUACAACUCACUACUACUUAGUUCUUUCGAGGAGUGGUUGAAGAAGCACCAUCCCGAACGCUUCCCUUCGAUCGUGUCACAAAAGUAUGCGCUGUACGAUUCAGUGCCUCAACUGUCGGACGACAUGGACGUCGACGGAAUGAGCACAACUCUGCGCAUUCUUGGCAAUGAGAAAUUCUCGGAUAAGGCUCGCGACACGGUAUACUUAUUUCAAGGCAGCUUUGUUGCACAUGCCUUUGAUCGCUUUGCUGCCAAUUUAGGCAUCGCCAUCGCUCAAGUCUACGGUGCUAGCGAGACGUCCUUGCUCAAAAUUCCCCCUCACGACGCACCUGUUAUAACUUUCUAUCAAAAAUGCGCUCAAGACAUAGACAUGAUCCGUCUCGCUGUCCACGCCUUUAUCAUUUACAAAGACCUCGGUUUUGACAUGAGACCUGCGCUGGUAGACCACGCCGACAACAUCAUUCUCUGCUACAUCAACUAUCUACGUGAGUUGCGAAAGUACGAAGCCAUACCUACCUACGCAAAAUGCCUUUCGAACGAAGAUGUUGUUGCAAAAGCUUUGGGGAGAUUGUUGUUUGACAUUACGAAGCAUGCAGAACAGCAACGGAUGGUAUCUCUCAUUGAACAGGCCGAUCUUGACUUGGUCGCUAUUCUCACUGAGCAGUAUAUAUAUGCCCUUGCAGAGGCAGGCCUUGCACCUCGGGAGGACGACCAAACUUUAGCUAGUUUCCCCCUCAUCGAGCACGCCGAGAUGCAAUGGGCUGGCUGGAGAGUUUCCAAGGUCUUCGAGAACGACAAAUGCAGACGCAUGAUUGGGGAUUACCGAACCUUAUUUACAAAUCUGAAGCCGAGCGAGCAGCGCAUCGUACGAAGUCUGCAGUGGUUCUUUAGCAUUCAGGCGCCAUGGCCGGUGGCUUUCUCAGCGCUUGCGACCGUGUUGAAGCAACUUCUAAAUUCUGGCAACAUUUUUGCUGCACUGGCUGUGACGCAUGCAAUAUCUGCGGGUAAAAUGUCAGAACACCUCACUCCGCUGUAUCUUAACCAAUCAAUCAACAUCUUCCACGACGAGAAUGAAGAUGCAGAAGACAGUGUAGGAGACGUGCUCAGUGGCCGCGAACCAGCAGCCUCAACAAUUCAGCCUGAAAUCGACAGCGAAGACUUCAUCUAUCAAACUCAGGUCGAAAUCCUGAAGAAGCAAGCUUUAUCUGCGAAAGAGCUACAGGACGUUUGUAAUGCAAUCAACGAACUUAUAGGGUGGAGGCUCAUGGAGGAUGUGACCGUGUUGCGAGCGAACGACAAAGAAAUGAUGAACAUUGUUAAGGAGAAUCUUCAUGAGCUACAUAAAUGUAUGCGGCCUCUUCUACAUAACUUCAUGGUCAGACCUCCUCAUGAAAUUCCGUCCGAGUCUGCUCGUCUACGUACUCAAGAAGACCUUGACCUGUGUCGAAUCAAACGCGCCUACCUUCCCCCCAUACUUCUAGCUUAUAUUGGUGUGCUCACUUUUGCAUCCACAAUUGUGGGACCUGAGACUCUCUUGAGGACCAUCGAGCUUGCGAAUCUGCUUGCAGACCCCACUAACAGUGAUUUGGCAAAGACGCUGGAGGAAGCCGGACGAAUGAAUGACUUCUUCAAAAGUCUGGCAUGCGCUCAGAUCAUGCUAAUCAAGAUGCGACAGGACGCUGCCGCGGAGGAGAAAAAAAGGCGGCGUGGUGAGGAAAGGCGAGGAAGUGGUCCAGCAAAGGGAAGAAGUGCCGUUAGGAAGAAGAAGAGUGCGCUCCGGGUGAAGAAGCGGGAAUGGCGUGGCGAAACACUUGACUUGUGGGAUGUCACCAAGGGGUAGUAUCUUUAGUUCCCAUGAGUUUGGCCUCGUAGGCGAAACCAUGCAAAUCCUACCAAAAAUCGUAUCUAACUUGUGAGAG